GUAUGUACGCAACGAGUUAUGCAUGUGUGCGUGGCUGCGCCCACGGUUCAUAUACGUAAUACCAUACUUGAAUAAACCAGUGUGCUACAAACCAGCGUUCGUGUUACUUGUCCCCUCGGCCCUAUACUUACCAGUGGCGACGUCUACCCACAUAUAUAAAAAAAAUGAGUGCUGUUUUUGGUAUCCUGCCAACGUUUGACCACAAUGUGCAAGUGUGGAAAAAUUAUAAAAGUCGCGUGUGUCAAUGGUUUAUUGCCAAUAAUAUCACCGAUGCUACAGACGCGCAGGGACAAAAACGACGAGCGAUUUUAUUAAGCGCACUCAAUGAGAGCUCAUACGAGGUCGCAGCGCAUCUGGCGCUGCCUAAGGAUGUCCAGGAAGUGCCGUACGAAGACAUUUUAGAAUUACUGGACAACCACUUCACUCCCAAGUUAACUGGAUUCGGCGAGCGACACAACUUUUAUUCGGCGAUGCAGCUACAAGACGAGUCAUACCCUCAGUGGGCUGCUAGACUGCGAGGCCUGUCAGUGCAUUGUGCGUUUAAAAACGUAGAAGAAGCGUUACGUGACCGUUUCGUCAUGGGGAUGCUGCCUGGUAGGGAAAAGGAGAAGUUGUACGCUCAAGACCUAUCCGCGUUAACAUUAGCAAAGGCGGUAGAACUGGCUGAAAAUAUUCAUCGCGCGCGGGCAGGUGCUGCCGCGGCCGGCGCCGGCGCCGGCGCCGCUGCCGCGGGUUCGUCCGAAUCGUCGGCCUCCGAGUUAUUUAAGAUCGCGCGUAGUGCUAAAAACGAGGGAAAUGCAAAAGUGAAGUGUUCGGUGUGCGGCUAUACUAACCAUAGUGCGUCUCAGUGUCGUUUCGCUAAGUAUACAUGUAAAAAGUGUAAUAAAAAAGGGCAUCUCCGUAAGAUGUGCACUAGCGUAAAUUACGUUAAUGUUUCGGCGGAUUGUCAGGGCGAUAACGACGAUGACGUGUUCACCAUGUAAAGAAUAUGAGUCACGUAAUUUUAAAAAGGAGAUAUAAUAUUGUAUAAAAACUACGUAAACAAGUCCCAAUUUAAAUGGCAUAAAGGGACAAUCGAUAAAAGAAUAGGAAAAGUAUUGUAUUUAAUCAAAGACUAUUACACCGGCAGUAUUGUUAAAAGACAUAAAAAUCAAAUAAUUAAAUAUAACGGUACCAUAACGGUUGACAGCCCGGGAGACCUAAGCUUAACAGAUGUGGACGAGUACUUACCACUUGUAGACUCUUCCCCGCCGUCGUCGCCGCCACCGUCGCCGCCGCCACCG